AAGAUCACUGAAGUAAGAAAAGAGAUGAAAUUUGGUGAAAGCAUAGAUGAAAGGAUUGCAGCGUCAGAUACAUAUUACAUGGUAUCAAAUUCCCAAAUAUUCAAUGAACUACACACAAUUAAAAAUCCAAUACAAAUUGGUAUAAAUGAUUUAUGUAACAACUUAUCGUCCAUUGAUAAACAAGGAUUAUCAAAAGAACCACACAUUACACGGAAGCCCUCUACAAAUAAAUUAUUGGACAGUAGUAUAUUUGAAAUGAAAAAUGAUAAUUCUGAGACGAGAUGGUCAGAUGAUGAUGAUGUAAUAAUAUUUCAGGAGCAUACUGUUCUAGAGAAGGGUCAUUCUGAAGUAUUUUGUAAGAAUGAACCCAUGGCAAUAGAUGAUAAAUGUCUGUCUCCAGUAAUUACAUCAAAAAUGGCCAAUAGGAAUACAUCAUACCCUACAAUUCAAACGUACAUGGAAAAUACUGUUUCGAAAGAAUGUAAACAAGGUGAUUUUGAGAUGGUAAGCAGAAGUUGUAAUAUUGAUAGUGCAAAAUCAACUCCUCUGGAUUAUGUAAAUAAUGAAUGUAAUGAUUCAAAAGAUCCUGCCAGCCUAUACACAAAUAACCAUCCAAGCACUGAAAUAUCGGAAUAUAAAACAUACACCCUAGAUGAAAAUUUGCUAGUGAUGUUGAAUUCCAGAGAACCACGAAUGUCAAAAUCUGAUGACAAGACAGGAUCAGGCACAGAGUUAACAGAUGCGAUGGCAAUUAUAAAAAAUCCAAUAGAAGAAAUAGAUUAUUCAGAUAAUUGUAAAUUAACAAACCACAAAAUUCAUUAUAAUGCUGAAGAUCUGUUAGUAACUAAAAGUAUAACGCGGACAUUACAACAGGAAAAUUACAGUAAAUGUGACCAUAAUAUACAGACAGAUCAAUUAAAUGUGGCAAGUCAACAUACAGAAACCAAAUUGAAUGUUUACACUCCCAAAUUCCAAUUUAUUACGUUAGUGCUUGUAAACAUAAUUGGCAGCAAUGCACAAAUACAACAAAAAACAAGAGGUAUUGGAAAUAGAAAGUUCAGUCAGUUUAAAAAGCUGGCUAUCAAUCUUAAACGUAAAACCCAUGUUGCUAACAAAAGUUGUACAAACAAGCACGUGAGAUGUAAUGAUGCAAAACUUGAAAUAACGUGUGAUGAAGUUGCUAACUCAAAUGAAUUCUGUAUAUCAGAUUUUCAAAGUCAAACAUUACCACGAGAACCAUGUAAGAAAUUAGAACAGCUGGUUCAGACUGAGGAAAAAGCAAUGUUUGUAACUGAACAAUUUAUACAAACUGAUGAAAUAGAUAUGAAUGUUACAGAUCAUUCAACACAAAGUGAUAAAGUAUACACAAAAACAAGUGAAAAGGGUAUACAAAAGGACCAAGCAGCAAUGCUCAGAGAACAAAUAUCACAGACUGAGGAAUUAGCUUUGUUUACAUUUGAACAGAGUGCACAGACUGAUGAAAAGAACAAGAGUACAAAGGAAGAAGUUGUACAAACUUACGAAAUGUUAGAUAAUAAAACUGUACAAACAGAGAACGUAGCACUGGCUAUAAAUGAAGAAUGUACACAAACUGAGGACAAUAUUUUUGAAUGCAAAGCAUGA